AUGCACUAUCUCCAACGAAUAUUGGAGGACGCUUGGUUUCGGAAAGAACGCGAUGGAGAUGCUACCCGUUCCAAAAAGAUGUGUCUGAAGGACGAAACGCUUGCUACCAAGGAAAGCAUGAUUCACCCCGGUGAGGACGCCAUCGACAAAGAGAUCGCUAUCGCAUCCGUAUAUUUCACGCUCGACGAACCGUCACAGAUCAAAGCUGCGAGUGUGUUCGUCAAAGUCCUUGCGGAUAUAACUUGCCGGGAGCCCUAUACCGAAGAUGUUAUCACAACCAUAGUCGCAAUAUUGGACGGAAUCGCAUGUGACAAAGAAGAGAAGACUCGAGCUUCAGAUCAUCUGGAGCAAGGUACUCCAGAGAAAUGGGUCUGUAUCUUCCUCGAUGCUUUGGAUGAGUGUCGGGAGGAUGUCAGAGACGAUGUGCUUAAAGGCAUGUGCGAGAUACAAUUGAAGAGCCGCAUUGGGCUUGUCAUGACAAGCAGAACCAAGCUCUGUCAUUGGGAAGUAUACUUCAGACACAACCUCGAGACAAUUGAACUAUGCGCACUUGAAGCCGACAUCAGAACAUAUCUUCGACGACGUCUCAAUACAUAUGUGGCACAAUGGGCACAAGACACAUCUUGCCGGCAGAGGUUGAUAGACACGAUAAUCGCAGAGUCGAACAAGAUGUGUGCAUUCUUCCCCCCAAGACUGACAAGUGCUAACGCGUAA